AUGUCGAAGCAAGGGCACGGCCCGUCUAAAAGCCUUGUCAACAGAAAUUUACCACAUGACGACACUUUGAAAGUUUCUAGCUCUGCUAACAAUCUGGCCACCGGUAGUAGCGGCGGCAUAGAGGGUGGGGCUGGAACAGGAACUGGGAGCCAUAGUGGAAGUACUAGAAACAGAUCUACAAGUGUUACAAGAAGGAAAUCUAGACCGCGAUUAUGGAAGGCGGUGAGUGGGUCACAUCCGAAAUUAAUCUAUUCAGUUGACGAUGAUAUCAAUGAACAAGAAGGCGAUGGAGAUGAUGGAGAUGCAAACAAUUCUGACUCAAACAUAAGUGUAAAAAACGAUAGAGACUAUAUUGAAGGAUACAAUGAUGCAUUAAAGGCAUUGAGUUUGAGACGUAGCAGCAAGAGUCCAUUGAGAAAGUAUCAGCAAACUUAUCAAGAGCAAAAUAUGGAUGAUGUGGAUACAGUGUUGCAAAGCCUACAGAAUGAUAGAAGCAGAAAGCAAGUGCGUAGAGGCGAACAAGAACAAACAAAUGAACGUAGUUCUGCUGCUAACGAAAACGAAAAUGAGAAUGGUUCUGGCGCAGGUACCGGUGCCGGUGAGGGUGAGGGUGAUGGUGCCGUCGUCGGUGAAGAAGGUUAUAAUGAUGCCGCCAAUGACAUUGACGAUAAUAACGUUAAUGCUGAUGAUGAUGAUGAUGAUGAUGAUGAUGAUGAUGAUGAUGAUGAUGAUGGAUCCAUUCGUUCAGACCUGUCAGUAGAUACCUUAAAUUUGAAAGAACGUCAGAAUGCCAUCAACUCGACGCAUCCGUUUGGUAUCAAAAUUUGGAAACCAUCAUUGUACAAGAAAAGUCGAUCUGUAGCCACUAGAGCUGAGGAGGAUAUUCAUGAUUUUGGACAAAGACGUCCUGCAUCCAGAAGAUUUUGGGGUGUUCAGGUAACCAACUUGAUUUGGAGUUUCACUGCUGGGCUUUUCAUAUACGUUGCUUGUCUUGUGGGUGCUGCCUUUGUGUUUAUUUUUUCUGGAUUAGGCUUGCGAAAGGCUCUGAGACCUUAUAUUACUGCGUUUUUGAAGUUAGGAAGAUAUUGGUUAUACCCGUUUGGAAAAUUUGUUUUGCUCAACAAGGACCAGAAUUAUCUUGAUGAGGAUUUAUUAGAGGGAAGAACAUUGAAUGAGUUCCAUCAAUGGAGAUUGCAAGAAGAGGGUAGAUUGUUUUUUGCGCCACCUAGGCGGUACACUGGUGCAAACGAAACUACGGGUUUGAUGAAGAAUUUGAUGAAAGAUCACAAGGGCAGGCCCUUGCGUGAUGCUUACAGCUCCUUAGAGAAUGAGGGUCAAUCCCCCAGUGCUCAAUCAGGUUCAGGUUCAGGUUCAGGUUCAGGUUCAGGUUCAGGUGCAGAUGCAGAUGCAAAUGCAGGCUCGGGCUCAGGAGGUUCCCACGCCAGUUCCGGACCGGCGGUUGAUAAUAAUACUGCCGAUAAUUCAUCUGCCAUUGCUGAAGAUCUGGAUCCAAAUGAUAUCAAGGUGAGAUUUUUUGGAAGAGGCGAUUGGAGUGCAGGAAGAAUUGCUUUUUAUUUAUACUUUUACGUGAUUAUCCAACCCAUUUCAUACAUUAUUGGCUUCCUUUGCUGGUUGUUUGUGUUCACCAUUCCCAUGGCUAACAUUACGGGAAUCUUAAACUACCAUCUCAGACGUCAUCCAUUGGCUUUGGAUUUUGAAAUGGAAAAGGAUUAUUAUAAAAAGAGAGAGCUGAACCCCAACUUGAGAAACAAAAAACAACUGAUCUUGUUGUGUACUUAUAGAUGUUGCGGAUACCACUACUAUAAAUACACUAUCGAUGGAACAAACAUCUUCUUCAUCAACUUGCUAUCAGUUGUUUUGUUUGUCAUCUUUGACUAUUAUAUUCUUAAAGAACAACUACACUGGGAUUCGUUUUUAACGGACUCAAACACAGUUUUCUGUUUGUGUUUGUUUUCCAUUAUUCCAUUAGCGUAUUUCAUUGGUCAGGCCGUUGCUUCUAUCUCGGCGCAAUCGUCUAUGGGUGUUGGUGCUGUUAUCAACGCAUUUUUCUCUACUAUUGUUGAAAUCUUUUUAUACUGUGUUGCAUUGGACCAAGCUAAAGGCAAGUUGGUUGAAGGUUCGAUGAUUGGUUCGAUACUUGGUGGUGUACUAUUACUUCCAGGCCUCUCCAUGUGUGGAGGAGCACUUAAGCGGAAGACGCAGAGAUAUAAUCCCAGAUCUGCAGGUGUUUCUUCAACGAUGUUAUUGUUUGCCAUGGUGAUUAUGUUUGCGCCAUCUUUAUUCUACCAAAUAUAUGGUGCAUACGAGAUCAAGUGCAAUAGUUGUGAUGUUAGACACAAUUUGGACGAUUGCACGAAAUGCAGGUUUAUCCAACCUUCAUUCACGUUGGACCCUCUAUAUUACAAGGUGAUUAAACCCUUUUCGUUGAUUGUGGCUUUGGCAUUAUUUGCUGCUUACAUAUGUGGUCUUUACUUUACGUUGCGUACUCAUGCGUCGUUGAUUUGGGCUGCUAAUUCUCACGAGGCAAGGAAAGAGGAGUAUCUUCGAUCACCGAGUGUUUCCAGUCUUGCAGUGCAUCAGCAAUCACAGCAGCAACAGCAACAGCAACCACAAAUCUACCCUAUUCAACAACCACAAUCACAACCACAAAGAGUUCAGAGCAUCAGUAGGCAGCAUUUGGCAAAGCCUUCAGAGCGUAAAAUUACAGAACAUGAGCCUACAAAAGACGAGCACGAUGGAUCUGGCCAUGAUGCGCCCAACUGGUCAAGAAAUAAGUCCACUGUUAUAUUAUUGAGCGCCACUGUUCUUUAUGCGAUUAUUGCUGAGAUUUUGGUUGAUAACGUUGACUCUAUUUUGGCCGACUUCCCGAUCAACCCUAAAUUCUUGGGCUUAACAAUUUUUGCAUUGGUUCCAAACACUACGGAGUUUUUGAAUGCCAUUUCGUUUGCCAUUGGUGGUAAUGUUGCGUUGUCUAUGGAGAUUGGUAGUGCAUAUGCUUUACAAGUUGUUUUGAUCCAAAUUCCAAGUUUGGUUGUUUACUCUAUGCUCAAAGGAUAUGUGAAUGUUGAGCAAAUAUUUUCAUUGGUAUUCCCUCGAUGGGAUAUUAUUGCGACAUUGAUCUCCAUUUAUUUGUUUACAUAUAUCUAUGCAGAAGGGAAAUCCAACUAUUUCAAGGGUGUAAUUUUGAUCUUGAUUUAUAUUGUUGUUCUUAUUGGAUUUUGGUUUAAUGAUAUCAUUGAGGAAUUAGAUGAUGGAUAUGGUGCCUACUUUAAGAAUGGAGUGAAGUUUUGA